GCCCCAAACGCGGUUCCCAGGCCGCUGUAGCUAACGCAACGUCCUACAACGUCAAGUUAUUAGCUCUGUCAAAAUACUGUAAUAAUUAGUUUUUGGUGCUAAAAUAGUUUUUUAAAGUAUGUUGUACUACAAAACGGACUUCCAUGUACCACAGUCAAUGCUUCUGUUAGUCAUUUGUUGUAAACUGUUGAGACACAAUGGUGACUUUGCUAGCUAGCUUAAUUGUUUCCGUGAGGGAUGUAGCUAGUUUUCAAAAGGAUCCUCCACGAUGUAACUUGCUUUCUAACUCAUAACUUCUUUGCAACCAACACAUCGCUCAGCCGGCUCUCAGCUUUCCGCAGAGCCGAGCAGGAGUGAGCUGCCGCGGGGGAAAGAUGGCCUCAGUUUCCACCAACAACCAGAGGAGACUUUGCUGGUGAAUCCUGGAGGGUUUCGGGUUUCCUCGCAGUGUUUUCCUCCCCCGAGCAAUGAGCAGACAGCCCGCAGCAGCUCUCACACUCCUCCAGGACAGACUGCAAUGCAGAUCAGAGUCCAAGAGUUGACAUCCUGCUGCCAGGAGGUGAUGUUCUCCUCCUCUCUCCUCUGCUCACCUGCUCCUAUAUCGUGUCUCUUGACGUCACGAUUUUAACUGUGCAUUCAUUUGCUCUUCUGUGCAACUCUAGCCACGAAACUGCGCAUUCUACAUUUCAUUUUACAGGACAUCUAGCACCGGAUUGCUUAUAUUUCAUCACCGGAGGAGUUCAACUAGGAUUUCCACAAUGAUCUGACGGCUGUAAAGUGACAUAAACAUUAGUGGAAGUCUCCUGGCGUCGCCAUCUAAUUGGCUGUCUGCCCAGAACAUGAUGGCCAAUAACAACGAGCUACAAAGCGAUCCAGGGGGGUUGUCGGUGCUCCAGCAACUCGGUCUGGACCAGAACUCUGACUUCUCCGACUCCAGCGUGCAGCAGCGCCUGGACGAGCACCGCGAAAGGAUCCGCAGGGAGAUCCGCAAGGAGCUGAAGAUCAAGGAGGGCGCGGAGAAUCUGCGCAGGGCCACCACCGACAAGAGGAAUGCCCAGCAGGUGGACUCGCAACUCCGCAGCUCCACCCGCAAGCUGGAGUCCCUCCAUACUCAGCUGCAGGAGCUGGACGCACACAUUGUGGUCAAGGGCCCUGAUGACAACAAAGAUGCCCCCAGGUCUCCGGGGUCGCUCAAUCGGCCGACGGCCAACCAGCAGCGCAUCGCAGCUUUGGAGCGGCAGCUGAACAUUGAGCUGAAGGUGAAACAAGGAGCAGAGAACAUGAUUCCCAUCUAUGCCAACGGAGGUACCAAGGACAAGAAGCUUCUCCAGAUGGCUCAGCAGAUGCUGCAGGACAGCAAGACAAAGAUCGACAUCAUCCGCAUGCAGAUCCGAAAGGCCAUGCAGGCCACGGAGCAGUCUGAAGACAACCAAUGUAAGCCGGACAUGUGCGGGAUGGAGUUGCGUGUGGAGGAGCUGUGGCAUCACUACCGGGUGGAGCACGCCAUGGCCGAGGGGGCCAAGAACAUGCUGCGACUGCUGGGAGCAGGAAAGGUCCAAGACAAGAAGGCCAUGGCUGAGGCUCAGUGUGGCCUGAGCGAGUCGUCCCAGCGCCUGGACCUGCUCAGGUGCUCUCUGGAGCAGAGGCUGCAGGAGCUGCCCGAGGACCAUCCCAAGGCCUGCCUCAUCAAGGAGGAGCUAGUGCUGGCCUCCUCCCCGGCUUUCAGCUCCCGCCACAGCACCCCCUAUGUCCACAACCAGUACAGCACCAUGAGCAAACCAUCGCCACUCACAGGUACUCUUCAGGUGCAUCUCCUGGGCUGUGUGGGGCUGCUGGAGGUGGUCCCAGGGCGGAGCAGAGGGACCCCGCUGGUUCUUCCCUCUUACUCUCUGGGAGACGGACGCUCCUCAUUCAAACUGAGUGGCCUCUACAGCCGCAGCACCAGCAGCAUGAGCCUGAAGAUCCCCGGCAAGAACGAGGAGCUCUCCUCGGAGGUGAGUGCAGUGCUGAAGCUGGAGAACACAGUGGUGGGUCAGACAGUGUGGAAGACAGUUGGAGAGCAGACCUGGGACCAGACGUUCAUUGUGGAUCUGGAGAGAUCCAGGGAGAUGGAGAUUGCAGUGUACUGGAGAGAUUACCGCUCCGUGUGCGCUCUGAAGUACCUGAAGCUGGAGGAGUUCCUAGACAACCAAAGACAUCGAGUCCAGCUGGAACUAGAGCCACAGGGGCUGCUGCUGGCUGAGGUGAUUUUCUUCAACCCUGUGAUAGAGAGAGGCCGAAAACUACAGAGGCAGAAGAAAGUCUUCUCUAAACAGCACGGUAAAGCCUUCCUGCGUGCCCGUCAGAUGAAUGUGGACAUCGCUACCUGGGUCCGCCUGCUGAGGAACGCCAUCCCCAGUGGAAGCAACUCCCCAGCCUACACUCCCAGUUACACCGGCAACACACUCACACAGAUCACUGGAGAAAUCUCAGUGGAGAAGCUGAAUCUGGGCAGUGACUCUCCUCCCAAAGCUGAAAUCGGUAGAGACGUGGUGGAAGCACCGGCUCCCUUGGAACAGACGGCGGUCAUUGAGCCCCCGUCCACACCGGAUGUCCCUGUUCACGAGCAGCCAACCAGAUCGCAGUCCAAGAACUCUUUACGCAGGCCAAGCAGAGGCCCUCUGUGCCUUCAGGACUUCAAACUGGUAGCAGUCCUCGGCCGGGGCCACUUUGGAAAGGUGUUGCUGUCGGAGUACAAAAAGACAGGCAGCCUGUACGCCAUCAAAGCCCUGAAGAAGGGAGACAUCGUAGCGAGGGAUGAAGUGGAAAGUCUGAUGUGCGAGAAGCGGAUCUUUGAGACCGUCAACGGCUCGCACCACCCCUUCCUGGUCAACCUGUUUGCAUGUUUCCAAACACCAGAACAUGUGUGCUUCGUCAUGGAGUACACGGCAGGAGGGGACCUCAUGAUGCACAUACAUGCCGACGUCUUUUCUGAGCCACGUGCUGUGUUCUACUCAGCUUGUGUGGUCUUGGGUCUGCAGUUCCUUCAUGACCAUAAGAUUGUGUACCGGGAUCUUAAAUUGGACAACCUGCUGCUGGACACGGAGGGUUUUGUGAAGAUAGCAGACUUUGGGCUCUGUAAAGAAGGCAUGGGUUAUGGGGACAGGACCAGCACAUUCUGUGGGACUCCUGAGUUUCUGGCCCCGGAGGUGCUGACAGACACAUCGUACACCAGAGCAGUGGACUGGUGGGGGCUCGGGGUGCUCGUCUAUGAGAUGUUGGUCGGUGAGUCUCCGUUCCCAGGCGACGAUGAGGAGGAGGUUUUCGACAGCAUAGUGAACGACGAAGUGCGCUACCCUCGCUUCCUCUCCACCGAAGCCAUUGGUGUCAUGAGACGGUUGCUGAGGAGGAAUCCGGAAAGACGUCUGGGCUCUGGAGAAAAGGACGCAGAAGAUGUGAAAAAACAACCAUUCUUCAGGGGUAUGGACUGGGAGGAUCUUCUUCAGAGGAAGGUCUCGCCCCCGUUCGUCCCGACCAUCGGAGGAAAAGAAGACGUCAGCAACUUCGACGUGGAGUUCACAGCCGAGGCUCCCGCCCUCACGCCGCCCCGCGAGCGCCGCACCCUCUCCCGCAAGGAACAGGACCACUUCAAUGAUUUUGACUACGUCUCCGACCUCUGCUAGGGUCAGGGGUCACAGGGUCGUUAGCUGCCCGCUGCCAGCUGCAGACUCUGAGAGGUGACAGAGAUGAGAAGGCUGACUACGGCACAGAGACAGAGGAAUUGGAAGAAACCCUUCCUCUCCGUCUGUCUGUUUGUGAUGGGACAAAGACCUUUCUGGGCCGAUGGCAUGUGAACGGGUGUCGGCGGAGUCGGAUCGCACACAUACGCAGUGUCACGGAUCUGCUGACCUCUAGUGAUCUGCAGAUCCCUGACACUGCUUGGCUUUUAGAGGAGGAGGAAGUGGUGAUGAGGAUAAUCCAGAUUAUGUAACAGAUGGAAGAUGACGGUCCCUGCUGUCUGUCUGACACGGUGAAGCACAGUGACAGAAUCAGUGAUCGUACUGAAAACGCUCAGUGAAUCACAGAGUCAAAGAGUCAAAAGUGAUUAUUCUGACAGGGAGCAGUUUGUCUCUUUCCUGUCCUGCUCUUGCUCUCGUCUCUUGUCCCUUUACCUCUGCUGUUUGUUGCUGCUACGUGUGUGUUUCGUUGUGUUCGGUGUCCCUGCCUCAGUCAUGAAUGUAUCUACAACAGCUGCAAUCAUGCACCAUCUGCACAUUACCACAUAGGGGAGCCAGAGGAAGGAGGGACGCCAGAGCUGCUGCCUGUUGAUGGUGUCACAAAAAAAAGCAGAGCAGGUGGGGGUUCUACCAGAGAGGGAGGGGAGCUGUUUGUGUGUCCGUGCUCAAUCUUACGUAGGACACUUCUUCAUCGUCUUCUCUUUCCACUGUUUUUCGGUACAACACAGAUUUUUUUAACUACAAUCAUUUCUCAAUGACGAAGCUUUUACAGAUUUGUGUUCUUUUUGUGAUUUAUAGUUUUCACCCCCCCAUCUUGUGUUUCCUCCUCUGUCAUUUGCUGGUGAAAUAUGUUCGAACUGUGACUCAGUAAAGAUGUGAAC